GCACUUUCACUCCAAAACACCGCAAACCCAUCAACAAAAUAUCAGUAGAGCAUAGCCAACUUGUUCACCAAAAUGAUGAGUUCCUUCAAAACCUUACCAACCCUUUCUUUCCUCUUUGUGACCCUCUUCAGCUUAGCCCAUGCAGCCACAUUUGAUAUCAGAAACAACUGCCCUUACACCGUCUGGGCUGCAGCGGUGCCAGGCGGUGGCAGAAGAAUGAACCGUGGUGAAACAUGGCAAAUCAGUGCAGCCCCUGGAACCACACAAGCCCGCAUUUGGGCUCGAACCAACUGCCAGUUCGAUGCUUCCGGGAACGGCAAGUGUGAGACAGGUGAUUGUGGCGGUCUCUUGGAAUGCAAGGGCUAUGGUUCAGCCCCUAACACACUAGCUGAAUAUGCGAUAGGUCAAUUCGCUAACCAAGACUUUAUUGAUAUCUCUAACAUUGAUGGCUUUAACGUUCCUAUGGAGUUCAGCUCAAACUCUCCAGGGUGCACAAGAGUUAUCAGGUGUACAGCAGACAUUGUCGGGCAGUGUCCGAAUGAGUUGAAGGUUCCUGGAGGAUGUAACGGGCCUUGUCCAGUGUUCAAGACUGAGGAGCACUGCUGCAAUUCUGGUAACUGUAGCCCUACAAACUUCUCCAGGUUUUUCAAGGAAAGGUGCCCAGAUGCUUACAGUUACCCCAAGGAUGACCCCACGAGCUUGUUUACUUGCCCCACUGGUACUAACUACAAGGUUAUAUUCUGCCCCUGAAGGGUUGGAAUGGUUUUAAAUCGUCUACACACAAAAUAUAUAGCUUAUCCGGUAUCAAUAGCAAUAUGUGGAAUAAAGGCAUAUGAAUGCCAUUUGAGCACAUUCCUUGAUGUGCAAAUGUUCUCACUUGUAAUAAAUAUUUAUCUGAUCAUAAAUUAAUGAAAAUUGGGGAUUUCCUUUUUCUUUUUC